GAAGUGCUCCGAGCGCUGCCGAACGCAGUCGGGCCGGCGCGGAGUGGCGGCGGCGCUGGGAAUGCGGCGGAGGCGGCGUUGGGCGGGAGCGGGGGCGGCGCCAACGGAGCCCCUUUAGAGCCCCUCCCGGGCCCAGAGCAGCGCUCAGCCAUGGGGCCGCCCUACAGCGACCUCAGAGAGUCCGACGAGGACCGCCCCGCGGAGGCCGUCGGCUCCGUGUCGGGCAGUCGGAACGCGCUGCAGCCGCUGCCGGGGGAGGACGACGAGGAGCCGUUCACCACUUAUUUCGACAGCAAAAUCCCCAUCCCCGACGAUGAGACGCAUUCGUGCUUCAGCUUCCGAAAGCUGUGGGCCUUCACCGGGCCGGGCUUCCUGAUGAGCAUCGCCUAUUUGGACCCCGGGAACAUCGAGUCCGACCUGCAGUCCGGAGCCGUGGCGGGGUUCAAGCUGCUGUGGGUGCUGCUGUUGGCCACGGUGAUCGGGCUGCUGCUGCAGCGCCUGGCGGCGCGGCUCGGCGUGGUGACGGGGCUGCACCUGGCCGAGGUGUGCCACCGCCAGUACCGCACGGUGCCCCGGAUCAUCCUGUGGCUGAUGGUGGAGCUCGCCAUCAUCGGCUCCGACAUGCAGGAGGUCAUCGGCUCAGCCAUCGCCAUCAACCUGCUGUCGGUGGGGAAGAUCCCACUGUGGGGCGGAGUGCUCAUCACCAUCGCUGACACCUUCGUCUUCCUCUUCCUGGACAAAUAUGGUCUGCGGAAGCUGGAGGCGUUCUUCGGGUUCCUGAUCACCAUCAUGGCGCUGACCUUCGGAUACGAGUACGUGACGGUGAGGCCGGACCAGAAGCAGCUGCUGCGGGGGCUGUUCGUCCCCGAGUGCCGCGGCUGCGGCACCCCGCAGCUGGAGCAGGCGGUGGGCAUCGUGGGGGCCGUCAUCAUGCCGCACAAUAUGUACCUGCACUCCGCCCUGGUCAAGUCCCGCCAGGUGAACCGCUCCAACCCGCGGGAGGUGCGCGAUGCCAACAAAUACUUCUUUGCCGAGUCGUGCAUUGCGCUCUUCGUCUCCUUCAUCAUCAACGUCUUCGUCGUCUCCGUCUUCGCCGAGGCGUUCUACGGCAAAACCAACGCGGAUGUGCACGAGGUGUGCGCCAACGCCAGCAGUGCCCACGCAGCGCUGUUCCCGAGCGACAACGCCACGCUGGAGGUGGACAUCUACAAAGGGGGCGCAGUGCUGGGCUGUUACUUCGGCCCGGCUGCUCUCUACAUUUGGGCCAUUGGGAUCCUGGCGGCCGGGCAGAGCUCCACCAUGACCGGGACGUACUCAGGGCAGUUCGUCAUGGAGGGCUUCCUCAACCUGCGCUGGUCUCGCUUUGCCCGCGUGCUGCUGACGCGCUCCAUCGCCAUCACCCCCACCCUCUUCGUGGCCAUCUUCCAGGACGUGGAGCACCUGACGGGGAUGAACGACUUCCUCAACGUGCUCAUGAGCCUGCAGCUCCCAUUCGCCCUCAUCCCAGUGCUGACCUUCACCAGCCUGCCCAGCGUCAUGAACGACUUCGCCAAUGGGCUGUUCUGGAAGAUCGGCGGCGGUGCGGUCAUCCUCCUGGUGUGCAGCAUUAACAUGUACUUCGUGGUGGCCUACGUCAUGGCGCUGAACCACGUGGGACUCUACGUCGGCGCAGCCAUCCUCAGCGUCAUCUACCUGGCCUUCGUCGCGUACCUGACGUGGCUGUGUCUGAUCGCGCUCGGCGCCUCGGCGCUGUCCUGCGGCACCACGCACUGCUGGGCCUUCGGCGCGCGCCCGGAGCUCUUCCUCCUCAACAACGUCGGCGCGGAUGCGGCGGUGAUGCGGUGACGGUGGGAGAUGGAGGUGGGACGGCACCGCAACGGCACCGCAACGGCACCGCAACGGCACCGCCAUGGAACCGCAACGGCGUUGGGAUGGAACUGGGAUGGCAUUGGGAUGGCACCGAAAUGGGACCGGAAUAACACGGGGAUGGCACUGGGAUGGAACCACAAUGGCGUUGGGAUGGAACCACAACAGUGUUGGGAUGGAACUGGGAUGGAAACACAACGGUGUUGGGAUGGCAUUGGGAUGGCAUUGGGAUGGCACCGAAAUGGGACCGGAAUAACACAGGGGUGGCAUUGGGAUGGCACCACAAUGGUGUUGGGAUGGCAUUGGGAUGGCACCACAACAGUGUUGGAAUGGCAUUGGGAUGGCAUUGGGAUGGCACCGAAAUGGCGUUGGGAUGGAACUGGGAUGGAAACACAACGGUGUUGGGAUGGCACUGGGAUGGCAUUGGGAUGGCACCACAAUGGUGUUGGGAUGGCAUUGGGAUGGCACCACAACAGUGUUGGAAUGGCAUUGGGAUGGCAUUGGGAUGGCACCGAAAUGGCGUUGGGAUGGAACUGGGAUGGAAACACAACGGUGUUGGGAUGGCACUGGGAUGGCAUUGGGAUGGCACCACAAUGGUGUUGGGAUGGCAUUGGGAUGGAAACACAACGGUGUUGGGAUGGCACUGGGAUGGCAUUGGGAUGGCACCACAAUGGUGUUGGGAUGGAACUGGGAUGGAAACACAACGGUGUUGGGAUGGCAUUGGGAUGGCACCAAAAUGGGACCGGAAUAACACAGGGAUGGCACUGGGAUGGAAACACAAUGGCGUUGGGAUGGCAUUGGGAUGGCACCACAAUGGUGUUGGGAUGGCAUUGGGAUGGCACCAAAAUGGGACCAGAAUAACAUGGGGAUGGCAUUGGGAUGGCACCACAAUGGUGUUGGGAUGGCACCGGGAUGAUAUUGGGAUGGCACCAAAAUGGGACCGGAAUAACACAGGGGUGGCACUGGGAUGGCACCACAAUGGCGUUGGGAUGGCAUUGGGAUGGCACCGAAAUGGGACCAGAAUAACAUGGGGAUGGCACUGGGAUGGCACCACAAUGGUGUUGGGAUGGCACUGGGAUGGAAACACAACGGUGUUGGGAUGGCAUUGGGAUGGCACCGAAAUGGGACCGGAAUAACACAGGGAUGGCACUGGGAUGGAAACACAAUGGCGUUGGGAUGGAACUGGGAUGGCACCACAAUGGUGUUGGGAUGGAACUGGGAUGGAAACACAACGGUGUUGGGAUGGCAUUGGGAUGGCACCACAACAGUGUUGGGAUGGCAUUGGGAUGGCACCGAAAUGGCGUUGGGAUGGAACCACAACAGUGUUGGGAUGGCACUGGGAUGGCAUUGGGAUGACACCACAAUGGUGUUGGGAUGGAACUGGGAUGGAAACACAACGGUGUUGGGAUGGCAUUGGGAUGGCACCGAAAUGGGACCGGAAUAACACAGGGAUGGCACUGGGAUGGAAACACAAUGGCGUUGGGAUGGAACUGGGAUGGCACCGAAAUGGGACCGGAAUAACACAGGGGUGGCAUUGGGAUGGCACCACAAUGGUGUUGGGAUGGAACUGGGAUGGCAUUGGGAUGGCACCACAAUGGUGUUGGGAUGGAACUGGGAUGGCACCAAAAUGGGACCAGAAUAACAUGGGGAUGGCACUGGGAUGGCACCACAAUGGUGUUGGGAUGGCACCGGGAUGAUAUUGGGAUGGCACCAAAAUGGGACCGGAAUAACACAGGGGUGGCACUGGGAUGGCACCACAAUGGUGUUGGGAUGGCACUGGGAUGGAAACACAAUGGUGUUGGGAUGGCAUUGGGAUGGCACCAAAAUGGGACCAAAAUGGUGCCAGGAUAAGAAUGGCAUUGGGGUGGCACCGCAAUGGCACUGGGAUGGCACCAGUACCAAAAUGGGACCACAGGAGCGGUCCCACUGGGAUGGAAGUGGGGGGUACUGAGAUGGCACCCAAAUGGCACCCAAAUGGCAUCAGAGUCACACAGGGGUGGCACCAAAUGGUGCCAAAAUGGUGCCGGAAUAACACAGGGAUGGCACCGCACCAACAGCACAAUGGCACUGGGAUGGCACUGGGAUGGCACUGGGAUGGCAUUGGGUUGCCACGUCCCUCAUGUGUCCCCAGGGUGUCCCCAUCGCAUCCUCAGUGUGUCCACACUGUGUCCCUCAUGGGUCCCCAAUGUGUCCCCAAUAUGUCUCCAAUGUGUCCCCAGUAUGUGCCCUAUAUGUCCCCAAUGUGUCCCCAGUAUGUGCCCCAUAUGUCCCCAAUGUGUCCCCAUCGCAUCCUCAGUGUGUCCACACGGUGUCCCUCAUGGGUCCCCAAUGUGUCCCCAAUAUGUCCCCAACACUGUCCCCAGGGUGUCCCCAUCGCAUCCUCAAUGUGCCCACACUGUGUCCCUCAUGGGUUCCCAAUGUGUCCCCAAUGUGUCCCCAGUAUGUGCCCCAUAUGUCCCCAAUGUGUCCCCAUCACAUCCUCAGUGUGUCCACACUGUGUCUCUCAUGGGUCCCCAAUAUGUCCCCAGUUUGUCCUCAAUGAGUCCCCAAUAUGUGCCCCAUAUGUCCCCAGGGUGUCCCCAUCGCAUCCUCACGUGUCCACACGGUGUCCCUCAUGGGUCCCCAAUGUGUCCCCAGUGUUGUCCCCAAUGUGUCCCCAAUGUGUCCCCAUCACAUCCUCAAUGUGCCCACACUGUGUCCCUCAUGGGUUCCCAAUGUGUCCCCAAUGUGUCCCCAGUAUGUGCCCCAUAUGUCCCCAAUGUGUCCCCAUCGCAUCCUCAGUGUGUCCACACGGUGUCCCUCAUGGGUCCCCAAUGUGUCCCCAAUAUGUCCCCAGUGUGUCCCCAAUGUGUCCCCAGUAUGUGCCCCAUAUGUCCCCAAUGUGUCCCCAUCACAUCCUCAGUGUGUCCACACUGUGUCCCUCAUGGGUCCCCAAUGUGUCCACACUGUGUCCCCAAUAUGUGCCCCAUAUGUCCCCAAUGUGUCCCCAUCACAUCCUCAGUGUGUCCACACUGUGUCCCUCAUGGGUCCCCAAUGUGUCCCCAGUGUUGUCCCCAAUGUGUCCCCAAUGUGUCCCCAUCACAUCCUCAAUGUGCCCACACUGUGUCCCUCAUGGGUCCCCAAUAUGUCCCCAAUAUGUCCUCAAUGUGUCCCCAAUGUGUCCCCAGUAUGUGCCCCAUAUGUCCCCAAUGUGUCCCCAUCGCAUCCUCAGUGUGUCCACACGGUGUCCCUCAUGGGUCCCCAAUGUGUCCCCAGUGUUGUCCCCAAUGUGUCCCUAGUGUGUCCCCAGUAUGUGCCCCAUAUGUCCCCAAUGUGUCCAUGCUGUGUCCCUCAUGGGUCCCCAAUGUGUCCCCAGUGUGUCCUCAAUGUGUCCCCAAUAUGUGCCCCAUAUGUCCCCAAUGUGUCCCCAUCGCAUCCUCAGUGUGUCCACACUGUGUCCCUCAUGGGUCCCAAAUGUGUCCCCAAUAUGUCCCCAUGGUGUCCCCAUUGUGUCCUCUGUGUGUCCCCAACAUAUCCCCAAUGUGCCCUCGUUAUUUCCCCACUGUGUCCCCAAUGUGUUCCCAGUGUGUCCCCAGUGUGUCUCCAAUUGGUCCCCAAUGUGUCCCCAACAUUUCCCCAACAUCCCUCAAUGUGUCCCCCAUGUGUUCCUAAUGUGUCCCUAACCAUAUCCCCAAUGUGUCCCUAAUAUUACCUCUGUGUGUCCCCAAUAUGUCCCCAACCCCCCCCAAUGUGCCCCCGAUGUGUUCCUGAUGUGUCCCUGAUGGGUCCCCAAUAUGUCCCCAUGGUGUCCCCAUUGUGUCCUCUGUGUGUCCCCAACAUAUCCCCAACGUGUCCCCAAUGUGCCCUCAUUGUUUCCCCAAUAUGUCCCCAAUAUAUCCCCAAUGUGUCCCCACCAUUUCCCCAACACCCCCCCAAUGUGUCCCCAACAUUUCCUCUGUGUGUCCCCAACAUGUCCCCAAUAGGUCCCCAAUAUAUCCCCAAUAUGUCCCCAACACCCCCCCAAUGUGCCCCCCAUGUGUUCCUGAUGUGUCCCCAACAUAUCCCCAAUGUGCCCUCAUUGUGUCCCCAAUAUAUCCCCAAUGUGUCCCUGAUGGGUCCCCAAUAUGUCCCCAUGGUGUCCCCAUUGUGUCCUCUGUGUGUCCCCAACAUAUCCCCAAUGUGUCCCCAAUGUGCCCUCAUUGUUUCCCCCAUUGUGUCCCCAAUAUAUCCCCAAUGUGUCCCCAGCAUUUCCUCAAUGUGUCCCCAACAUUUCCUCUGUGUGUCCCCAAUGUGUCCCCAAUACAUCCUCAAUGUGCCCUCAUUCUUUCCCCAAAGUGUCCCCAAUAUAUCCCCAAUGUGUCCCCAGCAUUUCCUCAAUGUGUCCCCAACAUUUCCCCAACACCCCCCCAAUGUGUCCCCAACAUUUCCUCUGUGUGUCCCCAACAUGUCCCCAACCCCCCCCCAAUGUGCCCCCGAUGUGUUCCUGAUGUGUCCCUGAUGGGUCCCCAAUAUGUCCCCAUGGUGUCCCCAUUGUGUCCUCUGUGUGUCCCCAACAUAUCCCCAAUGUGUCCCCAAUGUGCCCUCAUUGUUUCCCCCAUUGUGUCCCCAACAUAUCCCCAAUGUGUCCCCAAUAUAUCCCCAAUGUGUCCCCACUGUUUCCCCCAUUGUGUCCCCAGUAUAUCCCCAAUGUGUCCCCAUUGUGUCCCCAAGGUGUCCCCAGUAUAUCCCCAAUGUGUCCCCAUGUGCUCAGCCCACGCAGUCGUUCUGUUCCCAAUUAAUUUGCCCCUCAUUUGGUUCAUUUCGUGCUCUGUUAAUUACCGUGCUGGGGUCGGUCACGCAGCGUUCGGUCUCUAAUUACAGAGCUGUGCUCGUUAAA